UCUUAGGAGUUUAUAAGGUGACGAUGGCGCAAUUCACCAAGAAGACCUCGUUAAACUGCUUCCAUGUCCUGCAACUCCUUCUUCUCCAAGUAAUCCAUAAUUGAGGACUCUAGAGCGUGGCUCCACCUCGCAUUGCUCUCCCCAUCGCCCUACGUAAGAGUCCUGGCGGUGUCGUUGAAUUCUCUCGGCUGAUUGUUGCCGAUCGUCGGAAACCAUCAAUGGAUUGGUGAGAACAAGGAUCGGAUAAUCGAUGGAAAGCAAUAACAACCCGGUGGCUAAGGCGCAGGGCGGCGCUCCUGCCGUCGAAGGCGGCGAGUGGAGGCAGAGUUGGCCGCCGGAAUCCCGCAAACGGGUCGUCAACAACUUCAUGGAGAACCUGAUCAAGUGCGUUCCUCUUCGCGGGCAAGAGGGUCUUCCCGAAGCACAGAAGGUCGCAAUGCAGUUGGAGGAUAGGCUAUAUACUGCCGCCUCAAGUCAGCAAGAUUAUGUACGGAGGGUAUCUCUAAAGAUGCUACAGAUUGAGAGAUGUCAGCAAAAUAAAGGAGCCAAUUCAUUGCUGGCCAACACCAGUGGGACAAGCAAUAUGCCUUCAGAUCCAGGUGCCUGGACCCAAAUUCAAAAUCAAAGUCAAUCAAAUCCCAAUCAAGCGGCAGUUAAUCAGUCUCAAGCACAACAUAGGACACAAUGUCCUCCCAAUUUAUCAUCCAUGCCCCCUCCUGGCAACUCGAACUGGAAUUCCACACCAAGUGCGGGUGGACUGAACUCCAACAUGCAGCACAUCCGGGUGUUCUCAGACAAGCCACAGAUGGGUAUGAAGGGAAGAGAUAUCUCCUCAAGCAUGUUUUGUAAUCCUCAGAGGCAGAUUCGUGGACCUGAACAGCAUCAAUCUCAAAAUCCACAGCAGCAUCUUUACAACCAGCAGUUGCAGCGUCAGGCCAUGAAGCAAAACUUUCAUAAUUUGUCACCGGCCACUCGAUCUCAGCCUCCUCAGCAAUCUGUUCUGCAGACAUGCCCUAUCACACAGCAAAUUGUUAUGCAGUCAUCUCCUCUGUCUAGCCUUCAUCAAAGUCAACUUUCCUAUACUCAGCAAUCAAAACAAUCAGUGCUUCAGCAACAUCAAGAAUCAGUUGCCAGGCUCCAACAUCAAACACAACAUACAAGUGCCUACCCAGUGCCUCCACAACAGCAGAAUAUAGGACAACAGGCCACUGUAUUGAAUAUGCCACAAAAUAACUUCAUCAACCAGCAUAGCAGCCUGAUGAAUAUGCAGCAGCAACUGCAGAAUGACAUUCCAAACCAGCAGCAGCAAGUGCAGCAACAAUUUGUGCGGACUCAAUAUGGGUGCUCUAGCAAACAGGGGUGUAUGCAAGAGCCUCCCAAUUAUUUACCAUCUGGUUCCUACCAUUCUGGAAUGCAGAGAAAUUUACAAGCGUCAAGAUCAUCAAUGCAGCACCAGAGUAUGACAAAUCAACAAAUGCAGUCAUUCCCAUCACAAGUGCCCCUUCCAGGAACAUCGAAUAUGAAGAGUUUUGCCUUCAAUUUUGCAGAAUCUCUUGAUUCCAUCUCUCAAACAGAUACUGCUUGUGCUGGCAAUUGGCAAGAGGAAUCUUUUCAAAAGAUUAAUGACAUGAAGAGGCUGUAUUUAUCUGAAUUAGAGGAAAUAUACAGCAGAGUUUCUAUGAUACUGCAGCAGAAUGGUUCUAUUCCCCAGUCACCCAACUCGGGGCAAUAUCAAAGGUAUAAGAAAAUGGUGGCUCAAGUCAUUUCUUUUCUGCGAGUUCCCAAAAGCAAAAUCUCACCCAGUAUGAAGGAUAAUUUGAGUUCAUACGAGGAGAGCAUUGUGAAUAUCAUCAAUGUAAGUAGAACUGGGAGGCUAAUUCCGCUGCAGCAACCACAAGUCCCCCCACCCUCACCUCAUAUGCAGUCCAUGCCGCCUGAACAAUCCCCAGCUCAGUUUCCUCCUGUCCUGUCACCUGGAAUAGAUAUGUCAGAAACCACUGUUAAUUUUCAGUGCAACCCAAACAUGCUUCAGUUUAAUUAUCUGAAUCAACAUCAGGAGCGACGGAUGCUGCAAAAUCAGCAACUUAAACAACAAUUUCAAGAAUGCCAGGUGCAGCCACAGCUGAUGCAGAAACAACAGAUUUCACAGCAGCUACCUGCAUGCUUGCAGACUUAUCAGAUGUCACAGCCUCAUCAAAUGGGCGAUCCAAAUGACUCAAAGAUGAGAAGUGUCGGACCAGGAUCUAUCUCUCAGCAACAUCGUUUAUCUGGAUAUCGGUCUACUCAUUUAGAUCAACAAUUGAAAUCGGGAACUUCAUUGCCUAAAUCUUCACAGCAGCUUCUCCCAGCGGCUUCCAUUCAAAUCUCAGAGCACCCUUCUCCAGACAUUGAUAGGCAAAAGCUGUUGAUGGCUUCCACAAAAACUGGAACUUUUUUACAAUAUGCAGACUCACCUUUUAUAGUUCCAUCCCCUGCUACUCCUUUGGGCUUCUCGCCAAUGCCAGCGGAGACCAAGAAAUCUAUUUCAGGUCUCUCAUCACUAUCCAAUGGUGGAAAUAUUGGACAGCUGCAAACAGAUGAUGCACCGGCAUCAACACCACCAGUUUCUAUUGGGACUCCAGGAAUUUCAGUCUCACCGCUGCUUGCUGAAUUAAGUAGUCCAGAUGGGGCUCCAUGGAAAUCGGCAAAAACUUCUUCUGGAAAAUCAAGUGUUACUGAAGAGCCUGUUGAGCGUCUAAUUAGAGCGGUGAACUCAGUUUCACAUGAAGCUUUUCAAUCUGCCGUAAGUGACAUUAUGUCAGUGGCCAGAGGAGGCGAUUGUCUAGCUGGGACUGGACAAGGAAGUGGUUCAAGGAAUGCGGUUGGUGAGGACUUGGCUGCAACAUUGAAGUGCCAUUUGCAAUCACAAAUAUCCAAUUUGCAAGAUGAAAUAAGUGGCACAAGGAAAUUGAAACGCCAUGUUUGGGCGAUGCCUCUGAACCUGGUGUCAUCUCCAGGAAGUAUGAAUGAUAGUUUUGCGCAAAGGACUGGUUCAGAAAUUUCCGAUAUAGAGUCAACGGCAUCAUCUAGUAUCAAAAGGCCGAGAUAUGAGGCUAAUUACGACCUCUGCGGAGAAAUAAAGCAGAUUAACCAGCAACUUAUACUCACAGUGGUCGAUAUUAGUGAUGAAGAAGUUGAUUCUCAUGCAGCUUCUUCUUUUACUAAAGUAGGUGAAGGAACUAUAGUUAAGUGCUCUUUCACCGGGGUGGGGAUAAGUCCAAUUCAAAGAUCACAAACCACCUCCUUGAAAACGUCACUGAUUCAGCCUUUGUGGUUGCUUCUGCCUAUGAACUAUCCAAACUGCUCUCCCAUACUUCUGGACAAGCUUCCAGUUGAUGUCAGUAAAGAGGCUGAAGAUCUUUCAGCUAAGGCAAAAUCAAGGCUCGGCCGUGCUCUCAGAAUGCUUGCACAACCCAUGUCGCUCAGAGGGAUAGCGCUGAGUUGGGAAGAGAGUGUUCGAGCUGUCAUUUUGGAUUUUGCAAGGCAGAGCGGCGGCGGCAGCUUCAGCUCCAAAUAUGGAGCUUGGGAACAAUGCUCCUAAUUUUGAGCCUAGUGCUAUUUAAUAGCGCUGUUAUUUCUAAUCGACACGACCAAUUACAGUUUUUCUUCAAUCAAGACCAUUGAGUUACACAACUUAGGUUGAGAUUUUGAUCAUCAGCCGAGCAUUUUGAAUGUUGCCAUUUUCUUUUUAAGAGCAUGAGCAGUUGAGCACUGAUAUCUAUCAUCAAUAAUUCCUCUGUACUUUCUGUGCUUCUGCUCUAGAUUUUGCUUUUGAAUUGCAUAUUUUUGGGAUUUGCUUGGUGUGACUGUUCAAGUGUUGGUUUUUGGAUGGGGAGCUUGAAGUUGAAGCGGGUCUCAGUUAAGAUUAGUUGACUUCAGUAGAAAGUAGUG